AUUACAGUGCGCAGACGUCAAUAAUAAGAUAAUUUGACAAUCAAACAGAUGACAACAAAACGAAAAUAAAAUUAACUAUUUAUAGUAGUUUAUUUAGCUUUUCAUUGAACUUACUAAAAAUGCCGGAAAUACUGAGCUGUGAUUUUGAAGUUUACGGCAUAGUUCAGGGUGUAUCUUUUCGAAUGUAUACUGAAAGGCAAGCAAAAUCUCUUGGAGUGAGAGGAUGGUGUAUGAACACGCCACAUGAUACCGUUAAAGGGCAAAUCGAGGGUACACCUGAAGCCUUUGAGCAAAUGAAAAGUUGGUUACAAAAAACUGGAAGUCCUACGAGUCGCAUAGAUAAGACGGAUUUUAGUGAACCGAAAAUUCUACAGGAGUACACAUUUCCGAAUUUUUCAAUUCGUCACUAAUAUAUAUAUAAAGGUUAGAUAUUCAAAGAUUACAAAUAAUAUGUAUAUAUAUUUUUAAAUAAAAUAAUUCGAGUUAUUUAAAAAAA